GUUACGUUAAUGGAGGACUUCAUCGCGGCUGAAACCCCGCUGGGCUCGGCUGGCCGGACCGCCCCGCCCCGGACGGAGCGCCCCAACCCAGAAAAGAAGGGGGCGCCCACCCUCACAGACGUACGAGUUUCCUCCCGUGGAGCGGAGGCCCGGACCCGUACCGCCACGUCCUCUGGGAGACCCGCUCAGACCCCGGUUCCCGCGGCGAGAGGGGACUACCGGAACCCGCCUGGAGGUAACCCCGGGACCCGGUCACGGACGGGACGAGCAGACCUGGGGCCCUGUUUCUCCUGUGGAGAGUAUGGCCAUUUACAGCGGGACUGCCCAGGACUGGAGUGUACCUUUGGCCAGGUUUACUCAGGGGAAGGCCGUGCCCGGCGUUGGCAAGCGGCCAAGAUCACCGUGCCCAUGGUCGUUGAGGGGCGCCCGACUGUGGCCCUCCUCGAUUCAGGCUGCGGCCAGACACUGGUCUGCCAAACCAUGGGCCCGCAGGCUGACAACCGCCUGGGGAAGAUUCAGCUGCAGUUUAUCCACGAGGAUAUACGGCCCUACCCAAGUACCAAGGCCCAACUGAUUAUUGAUGGGGUCACCCGGCUGAUGACAGUGGGACUCGCUCCACGGCUGGCGUACCCGGUGAUCCUGGGUUGGGACUGGCCCGAGUUCCCCGCCGUACUACGCCGCCACGCCGAGGGCAGCCUGCAGGUCACGCCAGCCUUGGAAGGGGAGGCCCCAGAGACUGAGGAAGACGAGGUGGAAGCCCCCGACCACACCAACCCGACGGAAGGACGUGAAGAUCCUCCCCCCGGAGUGGGGGAGGAUCCCUCGGCGCCCACGGACUUUUGCCGGGAUCAGCGGGCCGACCCUACACUCACGCGGACAUACGACCAGCUGGCCUCCGUGGAUGGGACGGUCCUCGACCCCCAUCGAGCGGCGCAGUGGCCGCACUUUGAGUUGCGGCAGGAGCGCCUGUAUCGCGUCGAGAGAGACCCCCGCACAGGGGAUACCCGGACACAACUCCUCGUGCCUCGGUGUCACCGCCGGGCGGUCAUGAAACUGGCCCACGACAUCCCUGCGGCCAGGCACCUCGGUCACGAGAAGACCCUGGCUCGGAUCCUGGGGCGCUUCUUCUGGCCAGGGGUACACCAGGAGGUAAAGAAUUAUUGCAACUCUUGCCCGGAACGCCAGUUGGCUGCCCCAGCACGAACUCCCAAGGCACCGCUGGUCCCGAUGCCUCUGAUUGAGACCCCCUUUGAACGUGUGGCCAUGGACCUGGUGGGGCCUCUCCCUAAGAGCAGCGCAGGGUUCCAAUACAUUUUGGUGAUAAUGGACUAUGCUACCAGGUUCCCCGAAGCAAUCCCUCUCCGGACCAUCACAGCCCGCACCAUCGCAGCUGAGCUGAUGAAGGUCUUCGCCCGUGUCGGCCUGCCCCGGGAGAUCCUCACGGAUCAGGGGACCAACUUUACGUCACGGCUGCUCCAGCAGGUGUGCGAACUCUUGGGGAUAAAGCAACUCCGGACGUCCGUUUACCAUCCCCAGACAGAUGGGCUGGUUGAAAGAUUCAAUCGGACGCUGAAAGAGAUGUUGCGUAGGUUCCCCCAGGAGGACCUUCGCCGAUGGGACCAGCUCCUUCCACCCCUGCUCCUGGCGGUGCGGGAAGUCCCCCAGUCUUCAACCAAGUUCUCACCCUUUGAGUUGCUGUACGGUCGGCGACCUCGGGGCCUGCUGGAUCUCAUGAGGGAAACCUGGGAGCAAGCCCCAUCGCCGGCCCAGGGCCUCUUAAAGUACGUACUCCAGCUUCAGGAGUGCCUUAAGCAGGCGGGGGCCCUGGCGCAGGAGAACUUGAAAGCCGCCCAGGACACGCAGGCCCAGACUUAUAACCGGGACGCCCAGACUCGGGACUUUCAACCCGGAGACCGGGUAUUACUCCUCCUUCCCUCCAGUGAAUCGAAGAUCCUGGCCCGGUGGCAAGGGCCAUAUGAGGUGGUUCGGAAGGUGGGCCCGGUUAAUUAUGAAAUCAAUCAGCCGGACCGGAAAAAGAAGACCCAACGGUACCAUGUCAACCUCCUCAAGCCCUGGCGGGAACGCGAAGGUCUCCUGAUCAACCCCUACCCGCCAGAACCUGAGCUAGGACCCCAGGUAGCCCAUACCGAGGACCCCGGGGAACCCCAGCUCGGGGAGACCCUAACAGACGACCAACUCAAGCAGACCCGGUGCCUCCUGCAAGCCUUUUCCCGCACCUUUACGGGCCAACCGGGAUACACCACCCUGGUAUACCAUAGGAUCCAGACGGAGCCUGGGGUGGUGAUCCGGGGCGCGACCAGGCCCUUGCCGUAUCACAGGAGGCAGGUUGUUGAGGAGGAGGUACGAGCUAUGCUGGAUCUAGGGGUGAUUGAACCAUCGCAAAGUGAGUGGCGCAGCCCUGUAGUGCUGGUACCGAAGCCCGACGGCUCACAGAGAUUCUGUAUCGACUUUAGGCGCGUUAAUGCUAUCUCCAAGUUCGAUGCCUAUCCCAUGCCUCGGAUAGAUGAGCUGUUGGCCCGCUUAGGGGAGGCCCGCUAUAUCACCACCCUUGAUCUAAGCAAAGGGUACUGGCAGAUCCCCUUGGAACCAGCCUCCAGGGAGAAGACUGCGUUCACCACACCCACGGGCCUAUACCAGUUUACCUGGAUGCCCUUCGGCCUCCAUGGGGCUCCGGCCACCUUUCAGCGCCUAAUGGACUGCCUCCUCCAGCCACAUCAGGACUACGUGGCCGCCUAUCUAGAUGACGUGGUCAUUUACAGUCCUCGGUGGGAGAACCACCUAGAAAGGGUCGCAGCCGUCCUGAGGUCCCUGCGGAAGGCCGGGUUAACAGCCAACCCUAAGAAAUGUCGCAUCGGCUGGCAAGAGACCACGUACCUGGGGUAUACUAUCAGGCAUGGACAGGUAAGACCUCUUGUCGGCAAGGUCCAGGCCAUCGCAACCUGCCCCCCGCCAGCCACGAAGCGCCAGGUGCGCCAGUUUCUGGGGCUGGCCGGGUAUUACAGACGGUUUAUUCCUCAAUUCGCGGCGAUUGCCGCCCCCUUACCGGGGCUCCUGACAAAGGAUAGCCCGCGGCAGGUGAAAUGGACCCGCGAGUGCGACGAGGCCUUUCAGACACUCAAGACGAGCCUCUGCAGCGAGCCGGUCUUGUAUAGUCCUGAUUUCCACCGGACAUUUGUUUUACAGACAGACGCCUCGGAAGUGGGACUUGGGGCCGUCCUUUCCCAAGAAGUAGAGGGGGAAGAGCAUCCGGUUCUUUACAUCAGCCGGAAGCUGUUCCCCCGAGAGAAAAACUACGCGGUGGUCGAAAAGGAAGCCCUUGCUGUGAAGUGGGCCUGUGAAGCCCUGAGGUAUUACAUCCUGGGAGCCCCCUUCACCUUGGUCACCGACCAUUCCGCCCUCCAGUGGUUGGCUCGCAUGAAGGACCAUAAUAUGCGGCUGCAGCGGUGGUACUUGGCCCUGCAGCCCUAUGCCUUCACUGUGCGUCAUCGGGCCGGGAAGGACCAUGCUAACGCGAACUUCCUCUCCCGGCUGGGGGGUAUGGAAGGGGCUGGCCCCGCUGCACGGGAGCCAGCCUUGAGGGGGGGGCCGUGUAGUGAGGCGGCCUGGCUCCCGGCCGCACCCGAGAGGGAGGAGCCAGAACAGCUGCCACAGUGGGCGGAGCGACUGCCACCUGUCCCCGCCCCCCUGAAGUCAAGGGGCGGGACCCCUGCCUGA